AUGGUAAAGUUUGUGAUAGCGAUCUCAGGAAAACGAAAGUCUGGUAAAGACUAUUGCGCAAAACUAAUCAAAGAAUCAUUAGCAAGUAAAGGUGUCUCCGUAUCCGCAGUUGGCAUAUCACACAGUUUAAAGGAAGAAUACGCGAAAAUUCAUGAUCUGAAUUUCGCUGAGCUGUUAACAGAUGGCCCAUACAAAGAAAAAUACAGAAAGGAUAUGAUUUUAUGGGGAGAGGAAGCGAGAAAUAAGGAUUUUGGAGUUUUUUGCAGAGCUGCCAUCAAAUCAGUGAUUGACAGCGACGUCGUCAUCGUGUCGGAUUGUCGGCGACUCACUGAUUACGCCUAUUUCAACUCAAACUUCAAUUCCCUUACGAUUCGCGUUGAAACCAGUGAAGAAAAUCGAAAGGAGCGUGGAUUCCGAUUUGUAGAAGGCGUCGAUGAUACAGAAUCAGAAUGUGGUCUUGACAAUUAUAAAUUUGAUGUGGUGCUGAAAAAUUUGACAGGAGAAGAGCUCGCGCCGCAGAUUGAGGCGAUUACUGGCAUUGUGAUUAAUAAACUUUGA